UGAGGCAGAGAGAGGCUCAGGUCUGGGGCGCGCUGCACCAAUACACGCCAGCCCAGGAGAGCGGCUCCCUGUGUCUGACCCUCCCCCAUGCUGUGCAGUCAUGGCGUGUGCGGCAGGAGAAACUCUUCCAAGAGCUCCCAGGCCGUCAUAGCAGCCCCCGGCCUCGCCACCUCCCAUCCCAGGAGAGGGGCCCGACCCAUCUCGGCGGAGGGAUCCGCUUGCCUCUUCGAGCCUCCGCCCAUUUCUGCUUCUGCUUUUUUUUCUUUUGCAAGAAAAUAAUUUGACAGCGAUUUGCUGACACUGGGAUUUUGCACCAGAGAUUACAAGAAAGAAUCCCCCCCAACAACCUCGUUCCUGAUCACCAGACUGGGCGCGCAAAGGGAGAUCAUGCAAAAGUUGGGAAUUGCAUCAUGAGCAAUGUACACAUCUGCAGACCUGUGAUGUGAGAGCUGUUGGUACACAAGUAAUCAGUGUCUGCGUGACAGUGAUGGCGACAUUGUAGACUAUACACAAGAGGACCACAUGCCCCACCUCCCACGCUGGAGGUACCUGGCAUAGUGAAUCUAUUGUUUUUGUUUAAGAUUUGCCUUUUGGACUUUUUCAAAGAUAUGAAGCAGCAUCAAUCUGAAAUUGGAAUUGCAAACAGACCAGAAAGAGUUAGUCGUUGUAAUGUAAAUGGACAAGCCGAAUAAUAACAAAUUCUAGCAAUUUUUUUUUCGUACUUGGAAUAUCUCAGGGUCUACAAGUUUAUGGUUUUUGUGCCUGUAAGAUCAGGAUAAAGGUGACCAAAAAUGGGGGACCAGCAGUUGUACAAACCUAACCACACUGCCAACAGCAAUGAGAAUUUGUAUUACCAACCGCACCAAAUGAACACUCUCCCCCCUUUAAAUCACAGCUAUGGAACAUCAGGCAUGGAUGCUUCUCAGGCUUCUCCCCUCUCUCCUCAAUUCCCCCAGGAUUCAAGAGACAGCAUAGCUUUGAAUGUAGGUUCAAAAAACAUUGGGUCAGCGGACUCCUCUAGACAAACAAAUUGGACACAUACUGGCUCAGGAAACCAUGUUCCGGUAAGGAACAAUCAGAAUGCCAUGUGGAGCCCAUUAGGACAGAGUGAAUCUGCUGACGGAUACCAGUAUUCGUAUUCUCAAGCCAAUGAACUUCGGUCGCAAAAACUUACUAGUGGAGUUUUACAUAAAUUGGACUCCUUUACACAAGUAUUUGCUAACCAAAAUUUAAGAAUUCAAGUCAACAAUAUGGCUCAGGUCUUGCAUGCUCAGUCUUCAGUGAUGGAUAAUGUCAGUGACAGUGCACUUAGACAGCUGCUGUCUCAGAAGCCUGCUGUUGAGCAACAAUCUGUAACUUCCACGGUGCAAAGAUAUCAGCAAGGGCCACAGCAAGUACACCAGAAUUUUGCAAGCACUCAGCAAAAGCAAGUCAUGCAGCACCAACAACAGUUGUAUUAUGAUUACCAGCAACACUUAUCUCAGCUACAAAUGCAUUCUGCAAUGCAACAAGGACAACCACAUGUGCAACAAAUGCAGUCUCAGCAGCUGUUACCGCAACAGAUACAACAGUUGCAGCAGACUCAAUAUUAUAUGCAGCAACAGCCACAGCAGGGACAGCAGCGGCUCUCAAUACAGGAGAUCCAGCAGCAGCAGCAACAAAGUCGACAGCAACAGCAGAGGCAGUGUCCAAUGCAAAUAGCUCAGUAUUAUCAAACACAACCAGUUAUGCAGCAGUUACAGUUGCAGCAGCAGCAGCAACAGAUGCAACUGCAUCUUCCUGCGUAUCAUAGGGAUUCUGACCCAAAAACCGUGCAUGAAACACACCAGUACUCCCAGGAUCAAGCUCAUCCUGUACAGCUUAUACAGUUGGGAACAAUGCCUCAGUAUUUCUAUCAGGAUCCACAGCAGCAGUAUAGGCAUUUGUAUCCACAAAGUGUAUUGCAACAACAGCAGCAACAGGAAGACACUGAUCCGCAAAAGCAAUACCAGAAUGACAAUAGGUCUCAAGUUCUGAUGAACUCCCACGUUGGCCUGAGUGUGGCAGAGGCAAUAGAGGAUACUACACGACAGGAAAUUAAUUCUGUAGGUAGCGCUGGCUCUCAUCGAAGUCUUUUAGCACCAUCGAGUAUCCAUCUAAAUAACAAAGGGUCCCAGCAAGAGUCUCCUAGUGCUAUUUGGCCUCAGCAGAUUCAGCUAUCUGAUGGCAGACUGCAGCAGCCACUGUCCCCUGAGCCAAGUGGCCCAAACAAAGGAACGUUUCCCGAGAGAUCCCAUAUAAAGAGCAAGCUAACGUGUUCAAUAUGCUUGAAGGAAUUUAAGAGUUUACCAGCACUAAAUGGUCACAUGAGAUCACAUGGAGGAGGAGUAAGAGCAUCUCCUAAUUUUAAACAGGAUGAAGGAGAGAAACCGCCACAACAGCAGCCGCCUAAAGAGGUAGAUAGCCUUGCGCCUAUCGUCAUGCCCGUUUCUGUCCCUGUAAAGCUUCUGUCGCCUGAGCCCAGUGCGCAGCCCGCUGCCAACAGUACCACAGUCAAAGACAAGCCUGCCAAUUCUGUGUCAGAUGACGAGAUGCCAGUUCUCAUGAAGAUGACUUACUCUCCACCGUGCAGUCCAAAAGUGGCCACCCCCUGCUCAUCUUCUGAACUUAGCAGAAAACAGCCUCAAAGUGCUGCAAAAUUGGAAGAAGACUUCAAAUCCCUGCAGGACAAGAAAAAAUAUCGACAUAGACCUGAACCACUCUUCAUACCUCCUCCUUCCUUCAACUUCAGUGUGUCUUACUCAGGAGCUACGCUGUAUCAAAGCCAACUUCGCUCUCCCCGCAUUCUAGGAGAUCAUCUCCUAGACAGGACACAUGCGUUUCCUCCCUAUACCCCACCACCUAUGCUUAGCCCAGUACGCCAAGGAUCUGGGCUCUUCAGCAGCGUUCUCACAUCUCAUAAUGCAUCUCACCCCCAGCUGCCACUUACUCCUUUAACACCCACUCCACGGGUGCUCCUAUGUCGAUCUAAUAGUAUUGAUGGAAGCAGCAUUCCAGUGACUCCAGGGCCUGGAGAACAGACUGUUGAUAUAGAACCACAGAUCAAUAUUGGAUCAAGAUUCCAGGCUGAUAUUCCUGAACUUCAAGACCGAUCAUCAAUGGGGAGAGAGAUGCACAAGGCAACUUUGGUUUGGAAACCGUGGCCAGAACUGGAAAACAAAGUCUUCCAACAAAGAGUGGAAGACCUUUUAAAUAUGUGCUGUUCAAGUGUGUUACCUGGUGGAGGAACUAACUCAGAAUAUGCAUUACACUCCCUCUUUGAGUCCAAAGGGGAUAUUAUGGUUGCCCUUGAAAUGCUGCUGUUGAGGAAGCCAGUAAGAUUGAAGUGUCAUCCUUUGGCAAAUUACCAUUAUGCUGGAUCUGACACGUGGACACCUCUAGAAAGAAGGAUGUUUAACAAAGCAUUAUCCACUUACAGCAAAGAUUUUAUUUUUGUACAGAAAAUGGUUAAGUCUAAGACAGUUGCACAGUGUGUGGAAUACUACUAUACUUGGAAGAAAAUCAUGCGUCUGGGACGGAAACACAGAACACGUCUAGCAGAAAUAAGAGAUGAAUGCCUGACAAGUGGGGAAGAGGAAGAUUUAGAGGAUGAGGAGGAGAUGGAAGAAGAAAGAAAAUCUGUAAAAGAAGAGGAAAGUGAAAUGCAGAAAUCUCCUGAACCACCACCUAUAGCUCUUGGUGCACCUGUAGACCUGCCACCCCUUCAAAGUCUCACAUUUUCUGCAGCCUCUUUUAUCUGUGAAAUGCCAAACUGUGGUGCUGUAUUCAGCUCCAGACAAGCACUAAAUGGCCAUGCUCGCAUACAUGGUGGUACAAACCAGGUGACAAAACCACGAUGCACCAUUCCAGGUACAAAGCAAAAAUCUGGCACGCAGAGUGGAUACUGCUCAGUCAAGAGUUCCCCUGCUCACAGCACAACAAGUGGCGAGACGGACCCAACAACAGUUUUUCCUUGUAAAGAGUGUGGCAAGGUGUUUUUCAAAAUCAAAAGUCGCAAUGCUCAUAUGAAGACCCACAGACAACAGGAAGAACAGCAGAGGCAGAAGGCUCAGAAAGCUGCUGUUGCAGCAGAAAUGGCAGCUGCUAUUGCAAGAACUACUGGGCCAGUUGGACAUGAUGUGAUCCCUCUGGAUCACUUGAGUUUGAUUAAACAUGUUGAGCAUGUAGACGACCUUGAAGAUGAUGUUGUUCAGGAGUUAGGAGAUGUAAUGGAAGAGACUGAAGUCAUGAAUGCUGACCUCUUGUUGGAUGAUGAAGAUGCAGAUUUACUUCAGGAUGAUGCUGAGUUGUAAAUGUAGAGUUGUCACAGGCAGACAGCUACUGAAAACAUCCUGAAUGUAUCAGUCAGGAAACCCGGAUAACCUGUUUAUUUCCCAUUGAUUUUAAACUACCUGUUUAAAAAUGGUAAUUCUUUUAUCCAGGUCUAGGGAAAAGAUAUGCUUCCCACCCAUUUUUUAAUCAGUUUGUUUGUUGGGGAAAAAUAAAUAAUUGGCACAAAUAUUCUUAUAAGGUGUUUUAUCUGGGUUCUGCUUCACUGAGAUUAUUCAAAACCACAAAUAUAACAGAGAAAUUCAUGUUUCUGUUUCCAUUUCCUUCCAGCCUUUUUAUGGGAGGAACUUGAAUCUUCAACUCUUCAGAAUGUUCUGAUUCUCAGUUCAGUAUAACCUGGACUGUUUCAUUUUACACAUCUCAUUUUGGUCCUAUUGUUGUGCAUUUCUGACUGGAUUAAUUGCCUGCAAUGGAUCUUGCAGUGUUUUUCCGAUAGUACUCCAUAUUUGUUGGAGAUGCUGACUUGAUGUGUUCUUCCUUUUGCAUUCUUCUUGUAUCUGUAACAAAAAGAAAUCUGACUAAAUAUGAAAUAAUUACAGGAGUGACUACCAUGCAUUCCCCCGAACACUGCUCAACCUGUACCUGUUAGUCUGCUUGCAAAAGAUAUUGUUCAUACUGUACAUUUUAGAGCUUCCAUUUUAAUAGGAUUCAAAAGAGAGAGAUCCGCUGAUUUCUGAAUGACCCAGUGUGAGAAUUGAAGAUGAUUCUAUAGCGGUUCACUUCAGUUAAAGUGUGGCAAAAACUCACAUCCUCUAAUUGGAACACUGGAUUAGGAGCCCUACCUUUGUAAUUGGACAGAACUGGAGAUACCUUCUAUUGUAACAAUAAAUCACGCUUUUCAAUAGCCAUCCCAGAGGUUUUAGAGAUUUUGUACAAUUGAGCAGUGCAGGAGCAUGUUCUGGAAGACAGCAAAUGUCCAGAGACAUUCUUUCCCCACAGACAGAAGGAGGGAGGGAUGUUGUUGGUAUAUCUUCUCUCUUUCAAAAGAAUAUUUCUGAAAAUUUAAACAGAUACCUUUUUUAUUCUUCCUGUCCUGAAAUAUUCCUGUGCUAUUUUUGAGUAAUCACUUGUCUUUACAUCAAACUCAGAUUUGUAUGUAUUCAGUGUGACAUUUAUCCAGCAAAGGUAGGAAAAAUGCUUACAUUAACUCCUCCCCGCCCUUCCCGUUUUUUUUUUCCCUUUGGCCAAGAUCUGCACACGAGAUCUCUCUAACUUUAUCUGUAUUAACCUUGGUUUGGCACAUUCUCCACAGAUACACAGUACUGGAUUCAUAGAGUUGCACCUAAACCACAUGCAGGAUUAGACAGUGCUUGGGUGCACGACCUUUCAUUACUAAGUGGCAGUUUGUGAGCUCUUCUUGAAAUAAAAUGCUGUAAAUGUUUUAAAGGCUUCACUGAUAACACCGAUGCUCUCCUGAAUCCUGUGUAGGAGAACAAUACUGCAAAUUUUAAAACACAUUUGUAUGUAAAUCAUUUCAGAUCUUCUCCAUUAUUUUUUACAAUAAGAAUAUUUCAUUCAUUUGGCACAAUAUCUGACAUGUGGAGUCACAAAAUGUUGUCUUAACCAGAGCCAAGCAAGAUGUUGGGCCUGGUUCUCCAUAGUCUUCCCUUUGUAUACUUACACCUGUACAAAAUGAAUACAAACUGGCGGUAGAAUACUAUCAAAUAGUGUUUCUUCACUCACCAUAGGCAGAUGUAAAUGACCAUCAAGAUGCAAAGGCAGUGAGAAUCAAGACCGCUGUCUACACAAGAUUAUUACUUGAGUACAGAGACUAUUUUUGUGUUAAAGUCAAACAUACAAGGCCAAAUCCUCAAGUUCUUACUCAGAGUCAAAUGCUCUGCUAAUCAAGAAAGACCCUUAUAGGUAAGUUGAAACCACUCAUCAUUUUAAAGUUGCAAGUUUCCUGUGAAUUCUUUUGUUGGUGGGUGGAGUUUCCUCCCCCCCUUUCCGUGGAACAACAGAUGGUUCCACCCACUAUGCCUGUGAAUCUCAGGAGAUCUGACAGAAGGCCUGUGUCCCUACACUUACAGUUGGCUCUCUGCCAUGCCCUGGAGCAUGACUCCCAUGCUCUGGGCAGUCCACAGAAGUUGAGACUCUUGUGAGUGGAGUCUACAGUCAUUUAAGUAUUUGCAGGUUCGGGGCCUUUGUAUACAGUAACUUGCAUUGGAGUCUGUGGGCUUAAGGUGGAAAGACCUGACUAGCGCCCAUCCACUCUCCUCCCCUUUCCUCCCCUCCAGAUUUAUGGAGCUUUAAACCCUAAGGGCUCCUCUGUGAAGGGACUUCCUCAGUAGAGUUGAAGAGAAAGUGGAAGCAUGCUGUGGAAGUGGCACUCCUCAUAGGUUGGUAGGAAGGAGUCUGCAUAUAGAGAGUCUUGAAGGGACAAUCCUGCCAAACUCGGGCAAAACUUUCAUUGCAGUCAAUGGGAGUUUUGCCUGAAGAACUGAGUAAAAAUAUUGUAGAAAUUUUUGGAUUUGACCCCCACAGAAGUAAUUUUUUAAAAAAAGAACCUGGGUUCCUUCUAACUAAAGAUUAGCCAGAUGCCUGUGUUAAAUACACAUAACUUUUCCCUAGAUCUUCAGGAUGAGACAGGCAAACUUUUAAUUUUACACCCAUGAUAAAAAUUAGUUGAAAAUAACCAAAGAGAUUGCCUAUAAAGAAAGAAUGCAGAUUCCUGAAAUAGUAUUAAAUAAGUUAGGCCUCAAACACUGACUCCAUAUUCUUAAAAUGUUGCACAGUCUGUUAUACAGAUUCUGUUCUGCCUAGAUGUAUCUAAAUGUGGCUUCGUUUUAUUUCAGAAAAGUUGUUUUCUUGCUAAUAGUUACUGAUGCAAAACUAUGUAUUAUGGGAUGGUUUCACUAUUGGAUUUAGUCCUUUGGUAAAGUCUGUACAUAGAAAAUCAAUAUAUUUUAUGAAAAAAAUCAUCUUAUUUUCAAAUAUAUUUAACUGAUAUAUUUUAUUAGAAGGUUGUAAAUAUUUUAGGAGCUCUAGUGUAUAUAUAUAUACUUUUGGGUGGAAAAGCAAUGGAAAUAAAAACUACAUAUUUAAUGUAGUUUGUGAUCUCUUCCAGAUAUAGCUUCAUAUUAUUAGCAUCUGACUUGCAUGCAAUUUAACUUCAGGAUGUAACUUAUUCAGAUUUGCACUAGGACGGCUUAAUUUCACAACUUUAUAUUUGUUUUGUUUUUUUGAUGGUUUUUGUUUGGAUUCCAUAUACUUGGUACAUAUCAAAAAGCACUAUGUAUAGAAUAUUCAGUACUAUUUCUUUUGUAACAAAUAAUUGUUGUAUUUGUAAAUCAAAGGGUUUUAUGUAACAGUUUUGCCAAAAAGAGGACAGUAUUUUCUAGUGAAUUUUAUACUUUUGAUAAAAUGUAGUUUGUUGGGUUUUUCUACCGUGAUGAAAAUUUCUUUUAA